AUGACAAAAACCAAAGUUUAUGUUGUUGGGGUUGGAAUGACCAAAUUCUGUAAGCCAGGAAGCGUAGAUUGGGAUUAUCCUGAUAUGGUCAAGGAAGCCGUUACUACGGCUUUGGAUGAUUGUAAAUUGCAAUACUCCGAUGUUCAACAAGCAACUGUUGGUUACUUAUUCGGAGGAACAUGUUGUGGACAGAGAGCUCUUUACGAAAUUGGAUUCACUGGAAUUCCUAUUUUCAAUGUUAACAAUGCAUGUGCUUCCGGAUCAUCUGGAGUUUUCUUGUGCAAACAGAUUCUUGAGAGUGGAAACGCUGACUGUGUUAUGGCAGUGGGUUUCGAGAAAAUGGCUCCAGGAUCUCUUGAUGGUCAAGCUGGAAACACUGAUGAUAGAGCUCUCUCAGUCGAUAAUCAUAUUCAAGUCAUGUCCGAUACUUAUGGACUCCAGCCUGCCCCAAUCACUGCUCAGAUGUUUGGUAAUGCUGGAUUGGAGCACAUGGAGAAAUACGGCACCAAGCGUGAACACUUUGCAAAAAUUGCUCAUAAGAACCAUCUUCACUCUGUUCACAACCCAAAAUCUCAAUUCACUAAGGAGUUCACAUUCGAUCAAGUAAUGAACGCUCGUAAGAUUUAUGAAUUCAUGGGUCUCUUGGAAUGCAGUCCAACUUCUGAUGGAUCAGCUGCUGCUAUCCUUUGUUCAGAAAACUUCUUGAACAAACAUCCUCACCUUAGAGCCCAGGCUGUCGAACUUGUUGGAAUGAAGCUGGGAACAGAUCAGCCAUCUGUCUUUGCUGAGAAAUCAAACAUUAAAAUGAUCGGCUUUGAUAUGAUUGAAAAAAUUUCAAAGGAAUUAUACCAGGAAACCGGAAUCACUCCUAAUGACGUGCAAGUAAUCGAGCUUCAUGACUGCUUUGCUCCAAAUGAGCUGAUCACCUAUGAAGCAAUUGGACUUUGUCCAGUCGGAAAAGCUGGAGAGCUAAUUGAUCGUGGUGAUAACACAUAUGGUGGAAAGUGGGUUAUUAAUCCUUCCGGAGGUUUAAUCUCCAAGGGACAUCCUAUCGGAGCAACAGGAGUUGCCCAAGUUGUUGAGUUAUCGAAUCAACUUCGUGGAAGAUGUGGAAAACGUCAAGUUCCAAAUGCUAAAGUAGCCAUGCAGCAUAACAUCGGAAUCGGUGGAGCUGGUGUGGUUGCCCUCUAUCGUCUAGCUUCUUCUUCCUCUCCUAGUGUCUCUACUUCAACUGUUUCUUCAUCACCAUCUUCCAAAAUGAGUCUCAAGUCUGACGUCGUUUUCGAGGAGAUCAAGGCCCGUCUUUCUGAGGAGACCGAGUUGGUUAAGAAAGUCGGAACCGCUUUCAGAAUCAACGUUACUGGCGCUGACGGCACUGUCAAGAAGUGGACAAUUGACACCAAGAAUCUCCCUGCUUACAUCGGAGAAGAAGAAUCCACCAAGCCAGUUGACGUCGAAAUUAACAUUAAGGAUGCCGAUUUCAUGCUUAUUGCUGCUGGAAAGAUGAAGCCUGAUCAAGCUUUCAUGCAAGGAAAGAUGAAGUUGAAGGGAAAUAUUGCUAAAGCCAUGAAGUUGAAGAGCUUACUGGAUCCCAAGAUGCUCAAAGCAAAGAUCUAA